GGACGGGAGGGGGAGGGAACAGGGAAGCAACAGAGAGACACGUCCACCCUGAAGAAAACGAACUGAAAAAAGUCUUGAAGACAAACACGGAAAGAGUGCGAAGGCACGAGGAAAAAUGGGACAGGGCCGGAAAGGUUCCUCAGACAAGAAGCAGAGACAGAAGAAUAGAGAUGACAGCCCAGAACCAGAGAAUGGCAAUAAGUGCAGAGUGUGUCGAUUCCCUUUGCUCGUCGCCCUGCUGCAGCUGCUGCUAGGGGUGGCUGUCACAGCCGUGGCCUUCCUCAUGCUGGCCAUCAGCCCCUCACUCAUGGCCCGGGAGACUCCACACUGGGCUGGGAUCAUUCUUUGUUUGGUUUCUGUUGUUGGGUUCUUCCUCUACUGCAUCACCUACCAGCCAGACGAGAGAUCCUCUACACAGUUUAUUGUUAAGCUCCUGUACUUCAUACUGUGCACCACUGGUCUGGUCAUCUCACUGCUGGUUGUGGCGUUUGCUGGACAUCACCACUCUCAGGCCAGCAGCUUCAUCUGCCAGCAGGAAGGAGACGACUGCGUGUGUGUGCUGGAUCAGAGUGACCCGAUAGCCCGCACCUUUGACUACAAGGGGGUUAGCGACUGCGAGACGAUAACUGGCACGCUCAUCUUUUACUUCCUGCUCCAGAUCCUGCUGAACCUUGCCCAGGCUCUGGUCUGUGCCACUGGAGCCUUCAUCAUGUGGAAGGAUCGCUACCAGGUCUUCUUCGCAGGGACACAGAUCAGAUCUCCCUCCACCCAGCAGUGGCAAAAAGUUUAACGUGUUGGGCACUCAGUCAGAGUUCAGUGGAGGUUAUAUUUUUCUCCUGUGUAAUGUAGCGUUAAAGGACUUUUGGGUGUGUGCCUUUGUGUGUUUUCUCUUCCUGUCAAUUACAGGCGGGUGACAAAUUACAGGAAAAACGCACUGUUUGAGAUACUUUUUAACCACGUUCAGGAACUUUCAACUUUUCACCGAGGUACAGGGUAGAUAAGAAAUAAAUAAAUCUGCUGACAUGUGCUACUCCUCUUCAACAGUGUGCUGUUGGAGUGUUGCAGCUGCUUCUGUUCGGCAUCUUAAAAGUAAUAAAAUCAGGAGGUUUCAUACAACCGCUGUACAGUGCUGCUACAAAAAUCCGUCAACAUCGAGCUGAUUCCUUCGUAUUUCCAGGAAACCGGGGAUGCAAUGUGACCUCAGCUGAUUGAAGCUGCAUGAUUCACUGAGUUUCAGUGUUGUUUGCAAUCAGUACUCCCCCAGUGCAGCCAGACGUUAACAGAAGUUGUGAUGGAAAAUAAGAUGAGAUGACAAACAGAAAGGCCAGAUUAAAACACAUGGAAUAUCCGACCAAGCAGAAAGUAUCAACCCAAAAGGUCAGGGUAGUCUUUAGAGAAAACUUCCUCCUUAGCAGGGCUGGGCUCUCCUUUUUGAUUCCUGACUGGAAAAAGUUUCUGCAGGAAAGAUCACAGUUUCCACAUAGCAGAUAAUUUAAUCCUUUCUUAACUCAAUAAUUGAGAUCACUGAUUUAAACAUAGGUUAAAAAGCCUUUAUAAUUAUGAAUUGUAUCAUGUUCACCUGAUCAAUUUGUUCCCUCUUUUUUUCCUAAACGGGGGGAAGCAUUCAUUCUGGAAGAUGUGUCUUUUUUUGUCAGAGCAUUACAUCAGGAUCGGUUUUGUCCUGAGCCGUCAUCAGACUCUCUCAAUGUAAUAUCUUCCUUUAAUUUGUCAUCCUUCUGUAGCUGCAAAUAUUGUGGUGAUUUUAUAAUUAUAGCGUUUUGCGCACAACUUUGUACUCCUAGUUUCCAAGUGUUGCCAAAUUAAGAUUUUAUGCACCCGAAAAGAAAACUUUUUUAUUUUCUAAAAUCUUUUACAUAAGUUUUGCUUUGUUUCGAAAUAGCAGCAAAUGUGUACACAACAUUUGCUGAUGUGUACACAAACUGCAAUCCCAGACACAUCACUGCAAUCAGUAUUUGUUUUGUAGCUCAAAGCACCGGCGUUGUGCAGGAUUUCUUUGGUUUCUCUGUAAAUGGGGUUUACUGAUCAGGACUGGUUGCUUCAGUGUCCCUUUGAUCUGUGCUCAAGUUUUCAUUUGCACAACUAACGCAGGUGGCACCAUGAGCUGUGUUCUCAGUUUAUGAUUUGCAAAGUUACAUAAAGUUUUUGCAUUAUGCUUUAAGGAACAGUUUUCACAGAAUAAAAUGGUUGUGAUCAUGGUAUUAACAAAA